AUGCUUGUGACUGACUUUGGGGCUAGUAUUGAGAGUAGAGACAGCAAUGGGCGAACUCUACUGCACCUGGCUGCCCAACACGGCCAUAAUUCAACGGUAAAGGUGCUCAUUACCAAAGGCGAUGCUAAAGUUGACCUGAAGGACCAUUAUGGGCAGGCAGCACUGCACUCGGCUGCUGACAGUGGCUUUGAGUCAACCGCGAACAGGCUCAUCUUUGACUUCAAAGCGGAUAUUGAUGCUAAAGACAACUGUAGCCAAACAACAUUACACCUAGCUAUUCACAACAGCCACGAGGAAGUUGCUCGUAUGCUAAUGUCCAAAGGGAACGCCAAUAUCAAAGACCACAAUGAACAGACUGCCCUGCACCUAGCAGCCCACAAGAAUCAUGAAAUGGCUGCACGAAUGCUAAUUGUUGAAGGCAAGGCUGAUCUGGAGGCCAAGGAUAGUUCCGGACAAACAGCACUACAUCUAGCCGCUAGCAAUGGCCUUGAAGCUCUCACUCGUAUGCUGAUCGUAGAAGGCAUGGCAUCUAAGAUGUCAAAGACCAUAAUGGCCGAACAGCGUGGGACCUUGCGGUUGAGAACGGCCAUAAUACCACAGCAUCCAUGA